UCUGAGUCGACAAGAAACAGCGAAGACGUUCAUUAGGAAGAAAACCAUACGAUUGAAUUGAACUUGGUGAUCGUCGCUAUCCUAUUUGCUGAUCUUCGUUUUUGAAUGAUCCUCAUUUUAUCGCAAUCUCGACGCGGACUGCCUUUGUAUUGCAGUUUCGACAUUCUAACGGUUUGUGGUUCGGUUACCUCGGCUUGGUGGCUGUAGCUUGCACCGCAGCGUCUUUACAUUGAAACUUGGCCGAGAGAGACUCAGGAGUAAAAGAUACAGAGAUGAGUGAUGAUCUCGGAAACUUUCUUGAAGAGCAAAGAGCUAAAGUAGCCGAGUACCGAGCCUCUUUGGAGCAGGAUCCUCCUUAUAUGGAAAUUAGAACAAAAGCUGACUUUGCUCACAGUUCUGCAGCUAAAGAGAAUAUUCCUCCAAACAAGUGGCAGGUGAAUCAGAGUCCACAUUCUGUCAAAGAAGAGAGUUAUGGGUUGAGUUUGCCACUUGGUGAAGAAUAUGAAAAGAAAAAGCAAAAACUAAAACAAGAAUUAAGACAAGAUUAUAGAAGAUAUAUGGCUCAGGCAGUAAACCAAGAAAGAAGAAAGAAAAAUGGUGCAGUUUCACUUGAGUCCAAUUUAUCACAUCAGGGACUGUCACUUCCUAUUGGAGAGAGGCGAUCUGCUAAGGAAAGGCUACGAAGUGAGAGAAACCGGGAAUACAAUAAAUUUCUUAAAGAACAAAGGCAGACAUUUCAAGUUAAAGAUCCAGAGAUUAUUGAACAGAAUCGUAAACGUGAGGAACGUGAACAGCUUCCAGCCAGUUUUCGAACUCUGCCUGUUUCAAGAGAUGAAGAUUAUACUCCUUCAAAGAAAGAUGCUGCUACACUAACAGAAGCAAAAAAAGAUAUUAUAAGGAGGCAAAGAUUAGAUGACGUUCAAAGCCAUCGUUUGAAUAAGCACCCAGAAAUCAGAGAGAGGAGACCUCGGUUUUCACAAUUUGAUUAUGAUUCUGAGCUUGAAGAUUAUCAACGCCAAUAUUCUGAUGAUGAACAUGAAAAGUUCAAGUUUCCAGAACGGACACAACCAAGACACACUGAGGAAAGGGAAUUAUUUGGGAAAAUGCUGCCUAGACAGAAACAAAGAGGUGACAGGGACAUGCCACGAUACAGAAGUGAUCGAAUGGAUGAAGAUGAAAUAUAUCCUGAUGUACAUCCUCGUACUGAAAGACGCAAAAAUGAAAACAGGUCAUAUAGAGAGAGAUUAGAGGAUGCUCAGUUAGACUAUGAAGAUGAUUAUUGGGAAAAGAAGAAUAAGAGACCAUCCUCAAAUACAGGAAGAACGAGGCCUAACGAGAGGUUGCAGUCUUCAACUAAAAAGCACGAGGAGCGUUUUGCUACCGGACUAAUAAUUGGGGAGACUGAUAAAAAUCAAGAAGAGCAGAGAAGAAAAGAAAGGUACAGACAGGAGCUGCAGGAGCAGAUAGCAGAACAGCAGAGAAACAAGAAAAGGGAAAAGGAAUUGGGGCUCAGAGUUGCUGCUUCAGGUGCAGUGGACCCCGAAAAGCAGCCAGACAGAAUAAAACAGUUUGGAGCUGUAAAUCGUGAAUAUGACAACAAAGCACGUGAUGUUCCUUACCGUCCAGGUGCUUCUCUUGGUGUCUUUGGUAUUGAUAAGCCUGGGAGACAACAUGAAGAAAUACGUCAGCCUGAGGAAAGAGCUCCACCAGAAAAACCCAGAGUGGCCUUCCAGACUCCAGUCAUAGAUUAUAAUUCGACAUUAGGUGCCUUGGGUGCCGGGGCUAGCAAUAAUGGAACAGUCACACUAAAUGAAGAUUUCUACAGAGGGCUUGCUCACACUCUUGGGGAAAUUAUAGCCCCAAGAGUUACAAGCGUUCCACCACCACCAGCCCCACCUGUGAUGCAUGACAACUACAGAACUCCAUAUGAUGAUGCUUAUUAUUACUAUGGAACUCGGAAUCCUUUAGACCCCAGCCUGGCACACUAUGGACCCUCAGUUUUGGGGGCACAGGCAAUGCCAUUUAAGAAUGUUGGUCCUGGGCCUGCACCAUUCAAAUAUCCUGAAAAACAGGUACAGUCGGAGCCACAAAUCCCACCAGAAAGCAGCAGGACGAGUAUAGGAAUGUUUCCAGAAGAGAAAAUGAAAAGCUCAAAGGAUACCAUUUUAUCAUACCAGGAAGAACUAAGAAAACAGAUACAGGAACGUGAGGAGAAAAAGAGAAGAGAAAAAGAAGAAAAUGAGCGAUAUGAAGCAAAGAUUGAGGCAGAAAUGAAAACCUAUGACCCUUGGGGCAGAGGUGGAGCAGGAGCACCAUUGAAGGAUGAUCGAGGAAAUCUUAUUAGUGACCUGAAAAGAAUGCAUAUAUAUAAUGAGGAGGCUUAUGUAAACCCAGAGCUCAGGACACAGCAAGAAAAGAAGACACUAUUAUCAGUUCCUAAAGAAAAUGAAUCCCAUGAGUCAUUGGCACACAAGAUUUCAGGCAUUACUUCCACCCAGACAUCACCCUUUGCUCGUGGCAAUGUGUUUACAGAAGCUCCAACACCUCAGCAGAUAUACGAAAAGGAUAAAUACAAAGAGUACCUUCGAAUUCAGAUUGAGGAAAAACGUCGCAAGCAAGAGGAGGAGAGAAAGAGACUUCAAAUGGAGGAAGAGGAAGAGGAGCGGAGGCUGGCUGAACAAAGGGCCAGGAUGCAACGAGAAUAUGAAGAAGAGCUAAAAAUGAAGAAACUGAAGGAAGAGGAGCUUAGAGCCCAGCAGAUGUUAAAGCAUCAAGAACCAAUGAAUCAGACUGAUGAGAAGGGCGUUUCUCAGAAGAGUAAAGAAAACGAUGAGCUGCAAGAAGAGAGUGAAGGGGAGCAAAGAGCCAAACAGGAAGAGAAUCAAGAGCAAGCACUGCAGACAGAGGAUAAGAGUAAAAUACAGAAGAGUAAAGAGAAAGAGGGGAGAAAGCACAGCUAUGAAGUGCAGGAAUGGAGAGAAUGGGAGCGAGAUGAGUUACGACAGCCAUCACCUCCUGUACCUGCAGUGCUAAACAAAAUGGCUUUACAAGGGUAUCCGAGGCACCCAGUAGCAGAGAGUGUGCACUCAGUGGUUUUGUCUGAAAGACAAGGCAGUGGAGCGGUCUCCCCACCAGUGCCUGCUAGAAGAAAUGACUUGAGAGCUGCUGAGGAGAGAAUAGAUGUCAUGAAUCGGCUACCAGCUUUAAACAGACGACUUCUAACUGAACAACAGAUUCUAGAAACCCAGUACCGCAAUUUGGAUCGAGAUGAUGUGGAAACUCCACUGUCGGGAAGGCGAACAGAUAGAAAUGAUGUGAAUGUUUUUGACAUGGCCAGGAGACGGAGGCAGGCUCCAGUUAGGAGACCACCGUCUAAUGAAAUGGAUCAAAUAAACAUCCAGAAUUUUCGAGACUUCAAUCAGCUAAAGUACAGAAAUACCGAUACCAGAGAGGGUGUACUCCAGGUUUACCCAGAUCCACCAAAAGAUAACCAGAGCUUGGAGAUUCAACAGCAAGCUCUUCUUAGGGAGCAGGAAAGGAGGUUAAAAAGCAUGAAAAAGAAAGAAGAUAUAGACUUCCCUCUGCCUCAUUUAAUCUCUCAGAACAUCAAUUUGCCAAAAACUCUCCCAAGUGAUAUGAGGGGCUCUUUGCUGGAGUCGGAGAGCGCUUUCAUCGGAACCAAUGGAGAAGUUUUCCCGACAUUAAUGGACCCAUUUUUAAGUGAAAGGCAGCUUUCAGCAAGAGAGCGCCGAAGGCAGAAGAAGAAGAAAGACUUUGAAUUUGAUGAUAUGCUUGGAGUGGAACCCCAAGUGCAACCAGAUAGCUACUCGAUAUCCAGUCUAAACGUAGAACACCUCAAUGCCAAGAACAAACAUCGGUUAAAACGACUCGAGGAUUUCAACUCUUAUGACAGAAAUGCUGAUCACAAUAUGUUUUUGGAAGAUCUUGAUGAUGACCCAAACCAUUUUUCCUCCAAAGAUCAUGCACGACCAUACUCGGUGGAGACGGUGGCCACAGACCCCUGGAUGAGGCCUGGGACCUCAGAAACAAUAAAGAGGUUCAUGGCUAAUCAGAUGCGACGAGAGAGACCACCAUCAGCGAGCCAGUAUGUUUUAAACUGGCAGGGCCCUUCGACGUCCCAUGGCUGAGGUCUCCAGCUCCUUUACGUCGAUGUACGUGGCGCACCUUAGAUUACGUGCUGAGUUUGGGACGCAUGCCAGACUGGAAGUGCCCAGUGUUGGUGUUUUUCUAGGCCACUUGUUUGAUUGUCGGUGUGUUGAGGCAGAAGACCUCGUGUGGACUGUCGAGUCCCCACCGUCGCAGAGCUCGCUUCUGGAUGGCUUUCUAGAUUUCUGGUAGAGCAUCUGAACCCGUUUUUUAUUUUACGUUAUUUUAUAAUGCUGCUAUGGUGUACCAGGUGUUUCCUGGUUAAUGACUUUAAAGUCUCUAAAAGCAAACCUCCUUAAUUUGAAAAAGUUUGGAAGUAAUUUAAGCUGCUUAUUAAUUGAAAACAAAGGGAAAUAUUUAACACUAUAUUUAAUACAGUAUAUAUAUAUAUAUAC